AUGGAUAAUCAAACAGCAAAGAAAGUUCCCGAAUCUGAAGCUAAAGCAAUUUUUCAAACAAUGCUCAUGAGUGACCUGCAUUUGGAAUUCGACAAUGCAAUUCCUCCCGAAUUUUCAGCCGUAGCACCAGUUCUAAUACUUGCCGGCGACAUUGGAAGACCAGAUGUGCCAUCUUUACAAACGUUCUUACUCGCUCAGUGCCAAAGAUUCGAACAUAUCUUUUUUGUGGCUGGAAACCAUUGUUUCUACCAAGGUGAAUAUGAAGACCGCCUUCAACAACUGCAAGAACUCGAUAAACUCGAUUCUCGCAUUCAUUUCUUACAUAACAAAAGCUAUCUUCUUCCCAAUAGUGUACGGAUACUCGGUACUACACUCUGGACUCAUGUUCCUCGAGAAAGCGCUAGUAGAAUAGGUCGAUGUCUCAACGAUUAUAGGUUUAUUUCGAUCAGGGUUGAGAGAAAAGAUGGGAAAAGCACAAGCAAACGUCGAAUCACAGUGGAUGACACAAACGAAUGGCACGCUCAACAACUUGCUUGGUUGCGUGAAGAGAUAGAAAAGGCACGCAACAAUGAGGAACACGUGGUCAUCAUUACUCAUCACGCACCUUCUCGUCAUGACACUUGCUCAACAGAAGAUGAAGAGUAUGGCCUAAUGGAUGCUUUCGUUAACGAUCAUGAUACGGAUUGUGUCGAUCCUGUUCGUUUGUGGGUGUACGGACAUACACAUCGGUCGACUGAUCUGACCAUGAAUGCUACAAGAAUAGUGAGCAAUCAACGUGGAUAUGCCCAUGAGAAUUGUGGAUUUCGACCGAACAUGAAGAUUACUUUAUAUGACGAUAGAACUAUUGAUGUCAUAGAUUCUGUACACUGUGAUUCUUAA